AUUUUCCUGCCUCCAUCCCAGAUCUGCUGUCCAAGCCCUCACCUUGCUCUGCAGCCCAGGACAGUGACUGUUCCCAGAAGGAGAGCGGAGGAGCUGUGGGGUGGAUGACAAAAGGAAGAUGCAGACAGAGAAGCACCUCACGGGAACAUUGAUCCUCUCUGUCUUCACUGCGGUGUUGGGCUUCUUCCAGUAUGGCUACAGCCUGGGGGUCAUUAAUGCCCCCCAGAAGGUGAUAGAAGCACACUACGCGCGCGUGCUGGGCAUUGUUUCCCCAGACAGAUACGCUGCCAAUGCCUCUGGGGAGGAUGGCACGUUCCUCCAGGCUGGCACAGAGGGCACACUCCCACCCCCAGCUGACACCAGCGAGGACCUUGCUGCCUCCCCACACAUCCUGACCAUGUACUGGUCCCUGUCCGUGUCCGUGUUCGCCAUCGGGGGCAUGGUCUCCUCCUUCACCGUGGGCUGGAUCGGCGACCGGCUCGGGAGAGUGAAAGCCAUGCUGGUGGUGAAUGUCCUCUCCAUUGCUGGGAACCUCCUCAUGGGGCUGGCGAAAUUUGGGCCAUCCCACAUCCUCAUCAUCUCCGGGAGAGCGGUCACGGGGCUGUACUGCGGGCUCUCCUCUGGACUCGUGCCCAUGUAUGUCAGCGAGGUCUCUCCCACGGCCCUGCGAGGAGCGCUGGGGACGCUGCACCAGCUCGCAAUCGUCACGGGCAUCCUCUUCAGCCAGAUCCUUGGAUUAGACUUUCUUCUGGGCAAUGACGAGAUGUGGCCCCUGCUCCUUGGUCUGUCUGGUGUGGCUGCCCUGCUGCAGUUCUUCCUGCUCUUACUGUGCCCUGAGAGCCCCCGAUACCUUUACAUCAAACUGGGGAAGGUGGAGGAAGCUAAAAAAAAUUUGAAAAGGCUUAGAGGAAACUGUGAUCCAAUGAAAGAGAUUGAAGAGAUGGAAAAGGAAAAGCAAGAAGCUGCUAGUGAAAAGAAAGUCUCCAUAAGACAGCUUUUCACCUCUUCCAAGUACAGGCAGGCUGUCAUCGUGGCGCUGAUGGUGCAAAUAUCCCAGCAGUUCUCGGGAAUCAAUGCGAUCUUUUACUACUCCACAAACAUUUUCGAGAGAGCUGGGGUUGACCAACCAGUUUAUGCAACCAUUGGUGUCGGAGUGGUGAACACAGUCUUCACUGUUAUCUCUGUCUUUCUGGUGGAGAAGGCGGGCAGGAGGUCCCUGUUCCUGGCAGGUUUGAUGGGCAUGUUAGUCAGCGCCGUGGCCAUGACAGUUGGGCUUGUGCUCCUGAGCAAGUUUGCCUGGAUGAGCUAUGUCAGCAUGGUCGCAAUCUUCCUCUUCGUCAUCUUCUUCGAAGUGGGGCCUGGGCCCAUCCCCUGGUUUAUCGUAGCCGAGCUGUUCAGCCAGGGCCCGCGCCCUGCCGCCAUCGCUGUCGCCGGCUUCUGCAACUGGGCCUGCAACUUCAUCGUGGGAAUGUGCUUCCAGUACAUAGCAGAUCUGUGUGGACCAUACGUGUUUGCAAUCUUCGCGGGUCUGCUCCUCAUCUUCUUCCUGUUUGCACACUUCAAAGUGCCAGAGACGAAGGGAAAGUCCUUUGAGGAGAUUGCAGCCGUGUUCCGCCGCAAGAAGCUCUCGGCCAAAGCCAUGACUGAGCUGCAAGACCUGCGACGCAGCGAGGAGGCAUAGAUAUCCCAUGCACCCAGAAAGGAGGGACUGGGCGUGCACCUCCUUCAGGCACCAUGGGAAGAAAUUUGGGCAAAAGUCUCAUUUCACAAAAACCUUGCAGCUGGCAGACCAGGAGGACCCAUCCAUCGGAUUCCUUCUGGCUGCUGCGGUUCACACCUCUCAGCCACAGGUGCUAGCCUGGAAUUUUACUCUGAGACACUUGGGACAACUGGGCUGCAGGAAGAGCUAGGGAAAGGACAGGAGGAGUAUGAUACAUGUCCAUCUCAAUGCCCUGCUGGAAGAGCCCAGUGGGACUGUGAUCUAACCAGACAGGAUUGAGCAGGGCUGUCUCUUAGCUGAAAUGAAGGAAAGAGGGGCUGGCUGAGGCUGCAGCCUCAUGUUUUCACUUUUUAAUCCCCAUCUCUCUGCUUCAUUCUGCUGAGUGACAUGGUGCCUUUAAAAUCCAACUGCUCAUGCAGUUGUGCCACCAGCACACAGCACUGAUCACCCCGGGUGCUAAGGAAAACAGGUGGACCAAACACCCCCUUACUCUUGCUUCUGCAGAGGAAGACGGUGGAUCCCACCUGAACUGGUUGGGAUGUACUUCCCUUGCUUUUCUAUCUGUGCAUUACGGAAACGCUGUCUGAUCUCAUAA